AACCCAGCUCAGAGCAGGCGGCGCAGAUGGGGGUUAGAAGGUGGAUCUCCAAGAAGAGCAGUGAGCAAAGUAAGACACGUUAAGUUGGAGAAUUAAGUGUUAUAACGCGAUUGGAUUGGGUGGAGAGCUCGAUCCCAAUAGGGCGAUUUGAGGACGAGCAUGAGGAUCAUGAUGUAAAAGACCCCCUCCUUCCUCCUCCUCCUCCUCCUUCUUGUCCUUUCUCCUCCUCGUCGUCUCAUGUGCCGCUGCUGAUGGAGGAGGUGAUGGGAGCGCUUUAGGAGGAGCUGCGCCUCCAGCUCUUCACUCUUCCAGCGACGACAGACGCGCACUUUGCAUGAGCGAGACUUGAAGUAGCAGCGCGAGGCUCGAGUCUCGGUUCCUCGGUUCCUUUCCCCCUUUCCUUCCUUUUUUUCCUCUUUUUUCUUUCUUAUCCCCUGAAAACAAAAAAACAAACAAAAAGAAAAAAACACACAGAGUUGUCUGGAGCCCCCAUGGAGAGGAGGAUGAGCUCCGCAGAGCUGUUCCCAAAGACCCUAAGCGCAGUGUCCAGCAGGAAGAUGGACCCCUACCGCGUGGCACCGGGAGUCGAGCCCCUGUCGUCCGGCUGCUACGAAACGGGAGAGCCCGACCCGGCUGGAGGAGGCGGCGGUGGCGGCGGGAGAGGAGCGGGAGGCAUCGGAGCGUUGGGCUUACCCACUGGCUCGCUGUGCGCGCGGUACGGAGACGCGAGCGCGAGCCGGACGCCGGCGGCCGAGAGCAGCGGGGGCGAGCAGAGCCCGGACGACGACAGCGACGGCCGCUGCGACCUUAUGCCCCGCGCCCCCUCGUGCGCCUCUUCGGGGUUGGCCGCGUCCUCCGGUGUCCAGGGCAAAGCGCCCGAAACGGGCAAGAAGAACCGCGAGCAGAAGAUGCUGCGGCUGAACAUAAACGCGCGCGAGCGGCGGCGCAUGCACGACCUGAACGAUGCGCUGGACGAGCUGCGCGCGGUCAUCCCGUACGCGCACAGCCCGUCCGUGCGCAAGCUCUCCAAAAUCGCCACGCUGCUGCUCGCCAAGAACUACAUCCUCAUGCAAGCGCAGGCGCUCGAGGAGAUGCGGAGACUCGUGGCGUACCUCAACCAGGGCCACCCCAUGCCGGCCGGGCCGCUGCCGUCAGCCGCAGCCGCGGCUGCAGCCGCUGCGGCCGCACUCGGGCCGAGCCUGGGUUACGACCAGGCUCCACCAUACACCUUCCCCUCUGGAGCCGCCGCCGCCGCAGCAGCCGCUGCCGCUGCCGCCUCGUCCUGCCCCGACAAGUGUGCCCUCUUCAACACGUCCAGCCUGUGCAAACAGUGCACGGACAAGCCUUAAAAGUAGUAGUUCACACUCACACAGACAGAGAUGGAGUUGCCGGCACCGGACUCGAGUUUGCAGACUGUGUGGCUGCACAUCCUCACUCUCAGACCUGAGACCUGAGACCUGAGCAGUAGGCUGCAAUUUCCUAAACUUGGAAUGGAAGUCAAUGGAAGCGUGCUAAAAACAGAAAACAAUCUUUCUAUUUCAGAUGACUUCAAUUCCUAGCAGGUUUUUUUUCUCCUAUUUCUCUCUCGGUUCAGAUACUUGAUUGUGUAUAUAAAGUAGCCUGUAAGUGCUGAGUGAGUGAGAGUGAGUGAGCGAGCGAGUGAGUGAGUUUGAGACCAAAUUCAAAUUAAGUCUAUGAGUGCUAAGGAAUGGACGAUGGCGAUUAUUUAUGGACCCUACAGAGACUGAAGGCCAUUGACCUGGCAACACACAACCCUCGUUUACCUUUGCCACACUUUCAUUGGGGGGAGAUUUUUCCAUGACCAUCUGAAUUCAUGUUCUGCAAACUUAAAAGUGGACGUGGCAAAAAAAAAAGAAACUAUUUAUUUUCAAAUGACAUUUUCCAUUGAAUGGUAACACCACGCACUGAGAGUAAAAAGUGGAAAACAUUCACUUUGCUUUGGAGUCUUUUGAGGUCUGUGAAUGGAGUUCAUUUGGUAUGCAUGUGACGUUUCAUUCUGCACAGCUGUAAAUUUGGCCUUAUUUAAUUUUGUUCUGAUUUGAUAUGAUGUUUUCUUGUCCUGCAGCAGGCUGUGGAUGAAGUGUCUGCUUUCUUUCAGGCUCGUUGUCAGGUCAAUACAGUGAGCACUGUAGAUACAUUUGUGUCGGUAUGAGUGCAGAGGGACGUUUGUAUAUUGUUGAUGUACUGGAAAAAGCUUUAUUAAAAUAUUUUGAUCAAGCUUAAAAAUA